AUGUUGGACGAGGAAUGUAUCGUACCAAAAGCUACUGAUCUGACGUUGGCGCAAAAACUAAUCGAGCAACAUCUUGGCAAACAUCCAAACUUCGAGAAACCCAAGCCACCUAAGGGCAAGCAGCCCAAUUUCGCUAUGCGCCAUUAUGCUGGUACUGUACGUUACAAUGUGACCAACUGGUUGGAGAAGAACAAGGAUCCUCUGAACGACUCCGUGGUACAAGUGAUGAAGAACUCGAAGAAAAACGAUCUCCUUGUCGAAGUCUGGCAGGACUAUCAGACUCAGGAAGAGGCCGCUGCUGCCGUAAAAGGUGCUACCUCUGCAAAGAAGAAGGGUAAAUCGGGCUCGUUCAUGACUGUCUCUAUGCUGUAUCGUGAAUCAUUGAACAACCUGAUGGGAAUGCUGAACAAAACUCACCCACAUUUCAUCCGUUGCAUCAUCCCCAACGAGAAGAAAGCCUCAGGUGUGAUCGAUGCUUCUCUGGUGCUUAAUCAACUUACCUGUAACGGUGUACUGGAAGGUAUUCGUAUUUGCCGUAAAGGUUUCCCAAAUCGUACGCUUCAUCCCGAUUUCGUACAACGUUACGCAAUCCUCGCAGCUGAUCAGGCACUUCUUGGAAAAGAUGACCCUAAAAAGGGUGCCACCGAAAUGUUGGCUCGUUUGGUCAAAGAAAAGAAGCUCACCGAUGAGAACUUCCGUGUGGGUCUCACCAAGGUGUUCUUCAAGGCUGGUAUUGUGGCCCAUCUUGAAGAUCUACGUGACAUUCGUCUUGCUGAGUUGAUCACCGGCUUGCAGGCUCAGAUCAGAUGGUACUACCAAGUGAUCGAGAAGAAACGUCUCAAAGAGAAGAUCGAGGCGGUGAAAGGUAUCCAGAGAAAUAUCCGCAACUGGGCCAUGCUCCGCACCUGGUCUUGGUUCAAGCUGUACGGAAAGGUGAAACCGCUGAUCCAAUCGGGCAAGAUCGAAGAGCAAUACGAGAAAUUGCAAGAGUCAGUGGCAACACUGAAGGAAACUCUCGAAAAGGAAGAAGCACUCAAGGCUCAGUUGGCCGAAAAUGCCGAACGACUCAAGCGAGAGACAGCCGAUCUGCUCGCUCAGCUUGAGGCUACUCGUGGAACUAACACGGACCAAGGAAAUCUCCCCAGAACUGCGCCCCAUAAUGCAAAUUAUAGGGUAAACCCGAGUAGUACAGCAGUUAUACUUUAG